CGGCUAAGUCAAGUCAAGGUAGUUUCCUCUUCAUUCAUUCAUUCAUUUCACACAUAAACAUUCAUCCAUUCAUCACGCUUCAAUAUUCAUUCAUUCAACAAACAAACCUUUCUUUUCAUCUCUUUGCGUUUGCAUCAUCCGUUUUGUGGUCCACUCCACUCCAAAACCAACAUCAACAAACUCACUCUGCAAUUACUAACAGAACAUAGGAUCAUGGGUUGCUUUGGUUUCUGCAAAGAAAAUGAUUCUUACACAACUGCUGACAAAGGAAUCUUCAUGCAAAACAAUCCUACAGGGAACUCAAGUUAUCAUGGAAGACACACACCAAUAACCGUUCCUCGCCCUAUAAAUCUUCAACCUAUUUCUGUCCCUUCUGUUACAGUAGAUGAAUUAAGGUCUUUGACAGAUAAUUUUGGUACAAAGACUUUCAUCGGUGAGGGUGCAUAUGGAAAAGUAUAUCGCUCCAUAUUGAAAAAUGGACGUGAAGUGGCAAUUAAAAAGUUGGAUUCCACUAAACAGCCAGACCAAGAAUUUCUUUCUCAGGUCUCCAUUGUAUCAAGGCUAAAGCAUGAAAAUGUUGUUGAGCUUGUUACUUAUUGUGUCGAUGGUCCUUUGCGUGCCCUUGCGUAUGAGUAUGCUCCUAAUGGAUCCCUUCAUGAUAUUCUACAUGGACGCAAAGGCGUGAAGGGCGCAGAACCUGGUCAAGUUCUGACAUGGGCUCAAAGAGUUAAAAUUGCUGUUGGAGCAGCUAGAGGACUUGAAUAUCUUCAUGAAAAGGCAGAGGUUCAUAUUGUCCAUCGUUACAUUAAAUCUAGUAACAUACUUCUAUUCGAGGACGAUGUUGCUAAGAUUGCUGAUUUUGAUCUGUCGAAUCAAGCCCCUGAUGCUGCAGCACGUCUUCAUUCUACCCGUGUUCUUGGAACUUUUGGUUAUCAUGCUCCAGAAUAUGCAAUGACUGGAAACCUCAGUUCAAAGAGUGAUGUUUACAGUUUUGGAGUUAUACUGUUGGAACUCUUAACCGGGCGUAAACCUGUUGAUCAUACACUCCCCCGAGGACAACAAAGCCUUGUGACUUGGGCAACACCAAAACUUAGUGAAGAUAAGGUGAAGCAGUGUGUUGAUGUUAGACUAAAGGGAGAGUACCCUUCCAAGUCAGUUGCAAAGAUGGCUGCUGUUGCUGCACUGUGUGUUCAAUAUGAAGCCGAGUUUCGACCAAAUAUGAGCAUCAUUGUCAAAGCUUUACAGCCUCUGAUGAAUAAUAAUACUCGUUCUGCUCAACCAAGGGAACCACGCAACUUGUAAAUUCAUAAAUCAAACCCAUCAUUUCUUAGAUUGAUUGUGUUGAUGACACAAUUGACUUUGGUGACUUAAUAUGAAAGUAUCAUUUGUAGUGUUCAUUUUACCUAACAUUUGUAUUUCAAGUAAACAUUACUAAGAAAAUAGUGAUUCAUAUUUAGGUUUCUGGUUUUGAGUGCCUUAUGCUAUGUUGCAACUUCAUAUUUUUGCUACAACUCAUGUACAAGUGAAAAUAUUAUAUUAUUUAUACUACUACUGAACAACAUGUGUCUAUUUGCAUGUUAAAA